AGUCUUUUCAGCCAGGACGGAGAGGGAUAAUAGAAAUGUUGAAGGCGUGUUGUUGUUGUUGUUGUAGUGUAGUGAGCUCGCUUGGCUCUCUGGCAGGAGGACGGUCGCCAUCUCCGGGUAAACACUGUAACCGUAUCACGCAGUUGAUAUUGUAGUGUGUGGAGUGGAGCCGGAGCGUACAGUAGCAGCAGCAGCAGCAGCAGCAGCGGCGGCGGCGGCAGCAGCAGCAGCAGCAGAAGGCGGGGGCUAUGCUGCCUGCAACAGCUACAGCGGACACACACGGCUUCAAAGCAGGACUGACGCUUUGUUUGUCUCCUGCACAUCGGACUGUCACCUCAGAUGUUGGACGCACUGUGGCCGCUUUUCCUCACUGACAUUUCGUCUCGUCUAUAAGCUCCGGGGAAUGGGACUGAACGCUUCGAAUAAAAUGGGAUUUUAAUGCUGCAAACAGCGGACGCUCUAGCCUGUGCACAGCCAGGGGACUGUAGUACACUUGGUAAUGUUUACCAAGGAAUAAAACGGUGUAGCCGAAGGUGCAUAACAUCUCGUUUCCAUGGACAACACGUCCAUAAUAACACAGGUUGCAAAUCCGAAAGAGGAGGAGAGCAUUUCUUCAAGUCAAGAUAAAGUCUCCCAGUCCAACAGCAGCCUAAAGAAGCACCGGAGCCGGAGCAUUUUCAGCCCUUUCUUCUGCUGCUUCCGCAACUACAAUGACUACCACGUGGAGCCACCGCCUGCCAACAACAAGACACUUUCUCUGCCCCCACCACCAGAGGAGAAUGGCAGUCCUCCCAAGUGUGACCAGGUCCAGGUCAUCCCCAUCCCCAGUCCUCCAGCCAAGUUCCUCCUGCCGGAGGUCAGUAUAGCAGACUACGGCAAGAACUGUGUGGUGAUCGACCUGGACGAAACCCUCGUACACAGCUCCUUCAAGCCCAUCAGCAAUGCAGACUUCAUCGUUCCAGUGGAGAUUGAUGGGACUGUUCAUCAGGUGUACGUGCUGAAGAGGCCCCACGUGGACGAGUUCCUCCAGAAGAUGGGGGAGCUCUUCGAAUGUGUCCUCUUCACGGCGAGCUUAGCCAAGUACGCUGACCCUGUGGCAGAUCUGCUGGACCAGUGGGGGGUGUUUCGCGCCCGGCUCUUCAGGGAAUCAUGUGUUUUCCACAGAGGAAACUACGUCAAAGACCUCAGCCGGCUGGGCCGAGAGCUUAGUAAGGUCAUCAUCAUAGACAACUCACCUGCCUCCUACAUCUUCCACCCUGAGAAUGCAGUCCCGGUGCAGUCCUGGUUUGACGACAUGACGGACACAGAGCUGCUGGACCUGAUUCCUCUGUUCGAGGGCCUCAGUAAGGAGGAGGACAUUUACAGUCUGUUACAGAGCCUGAGGAACAGGUAGCAGACGACAGCUCCAGCUGGUCCCUUCCUGCCUCGGCCCCCCGCUGCACGGAGGCCUCACCUCGCUGCCACGGCCCCGCAGCCCCGGCUCCCACCGUCCGACCGGCCAUGGAAGUCCCAGCGUGGCUCCCGAUCCGAGGACUUCAGGCAAAUUAUCUGGUUAUAAUCAAAUCUAGAGAGAACCUCUGUACGGAUUCUCACCAUCUCUGGAUUUUUGAACUCUUUGUACAGGACUCAUACUGGCAAAAGAUUAUAUUACUGUAUGUACAUACUAUAUGUUUCUAAGAGCAAGACAUACAUAAAGUAAUUUUUCUAUCAGAGAGAUGAGGUUUUACUAUUCUAUCUAGUAAUAUUUUAGUUACCAAAAAUAAUCAAAUACACAGAAUGAAGAGUUUUUUUGUUGUUUUUUUUUCUGAGAAUGGGUGACCUUUUGGUUUUUUUUUGUUUUGAGCUAUGCUAUGCAGGCUGUUUUUUCUUGUCUGACCUUUUGUUCAAACAACUGUGAUUUAUCUUCUCUUACAGAAUGAAGUGCCUUCAUUACUGUGCUGAUUUUGUCGUCGGGUUAUGGGGUGCACAUUUUUAUGCUGCAUAUUUACUCAAAUCUCCAAAAAAGCGUAUAAAGUAAAUCUUUAAAUGGAAGUUGAAAAAGAGUCUUUGGUAAGUGUCAUUUAAUCUGAUGAAAAUGAAAAGACUGAUUCCGAAAAAUUUAUAAAAACUAGCCUGUUAGACUUGGAUGAUUUUGUUGCUUUAGAGUUCAGUGACAUUGAAUUGUUAAAUUUACCAAAGAUUUUUACAAUUCAAUGUGAUUUGUUGCUGAUUGACAUCAUUUGAUCCUUGACAGUGACUGUAAAUUGAUGAUCCUUCAAGACAUUGAAACCCCACUUUAUAAUGAAAAAAAAAAAAAUGAAACCUUUGUAAUAACAUCACCGUCCACCGAUAAAUGUUAAACUUUUGAGGAAAAUAUAAUGAUUAGCUUAGAUGAUAUGAAAAUUCUAUUUAUUGGGGAAAAGAGGGUUGGGUGCAUUGUAAAGAAUGCUGUUGAAAUCGUACUGUACAACAUUAUUAAAGUUGCAAGUUUGCACACUGUCA